CAGUUCAUCUUGGAUAAAAAUCAGCUGAUUGUGUCCGAGUGUUUCGUCUUUUGUGUUCAGGAAUUUUUCCUCAAUUUUCACAAUAAAAUGGUCCUAUUUAUGCUCAAAUAGUUAAUUUUUCACCUUACAAGUCACACAGUUCCACAGUUAAUCCCAAAAGUGUUGGAAUUUUAGCCAAAAAUUCAGUUUAUUCCGUGCAGAUAUUGCAAAUAGAGUAUGUUGUCACCAACUAUCAACAAUAUGAGCACAAAUACGGAUCCAGGUGACACAGAAACGGUCCCAAUUGCUGGGAAUCGGCGUCUGUGGCGCAAUUUUGGGGGAAUCUUCUCAACAAGGGGCGAUGGAGAUGCAGCUGGAGCCGAUGGAUAUGUUGAAUUUGGGAUCAGUGACCCAGAAAGAUCACAGGGACGUACCCUGGGUACUUUUGCUGGUGUCUUCAGUCCCGUAGCUCUCUCAAUGUUCAGUGCUCUCAUCUUCAUUCGAGUCGGUUUCAUCGUGGGAAAUGCUGGACUUUUCGUUACCCUGCUUCAGUUUGUCAUCGCCUACACCAUUCUCCUCUUCACUGUGUCAUCUGUGUGUGCAAUUUCAACAAAUGGUGCUGUAGAUGGUGGGGGCGUUUAUUUCAUGAUAAGUCGCACAUUGGGAGCUGAUUUUGGUGGAUCAAUUGGAACACUUUUCUUCCUAGCCAAUGUUGUAGGAUGCGGUUUGGCGGUUACAGGCUGUGCUGAAGGGUUGAUUGAGAAUUUUGGACCAUCGGGUUAUUUGGUGGAAGAUGGUGGUUUCACUCUGCCGGACAGUAGAUGGUGGAGAUUUUUCUAUUGUUCCAUGAUUAAUGCUGUAAUGCUGGUGGUGUGCCUAAUUGGAGCGACAAUGUUUGCUAAGACUUCCGUGAUGAUUCUGGGAAUUGUUUCUGUGUGCCUGCUAUCCACUUAUAUCAGUUUCCUGGCUCAAGGACCAAUGCAUGUUUCCAUUCCGCAAGAGAAUCAAUUGGUUCAGAAUGCCACAAAUCCAGCCUAUGGCUUUUAUUCUGGACUCUCUCGGAUUACUUUUCAUGAAAACUUGUACAGCAAUUAUGGAAAGGAUUACACAUCGGGUGGGAGUCAGGUGAACUUUGCUAUUGUCUUCGGUGUUCUGUUUUCGGGAGUUACUGGAAUAAUGGCAGGAGCAAAUAUGUCAGGAGAACUUAAGAAUCCAUCACAGAGUAUUCCCAGAGGAACGCUGUCUGCAGUGGCUUUUACAUUUGUCUGCUACAUCUUAUUGGCCAUUUUAAUGGCGGCCACUAGUACACAAUUUCUGCUGCAGAACAACUUCCUCUUUCUCAUGCCGAUCAAUCUUUGGAAGCCAUUUAUUGCAAUUGGUAUUACUACGGCUACAUUUUCAGCAGCUCUGAGCAAUCUUAUUGGAUCUAGUAGGGUUCUCGAAGCCCUGGCUAAGGAUCAGGUUUACGGAAGUGGUUUGAACUUCAUUGUACGUGGAACGUGGAAGGGAAAUCCCGUUGUAGCUGUUAUUACGAGUUGGUUACUGGUUCAGGUGAUCUUGCUUAUUGGAUCUCUCAAUACCAUUGCUCAGAUCAACUCGGUACUCUUUAUGCUGUCAUAUCUGGCGACGAAUUUAGCGUGUUUGGGCAUUGAACUCACUGGAGCUCCAAACUUCCGGCCUAGUUUUAAGUACUACUCCUGGCAUACUUGCUUCUUUGGAUUGGUAGGAACACUUAUUAUGAUGUUCGUUAUCAAUCCUAUUUACUCAUCUUCGAGUAUUAUCUUGUGCCUGGUGCUGGUGAUUGGGCUGCAUUUGUUCUCACCGGCAUCUCAAGGAGCUCAAUGGGGAUCAAUUUCUCAGGCUCUCAUGUUCCAUCAAGUUCGAAAGUAUCUACUGAUGUUGGAUUCGAGGAAGGAUCAUGUGAAGUUUUGGCGACCACAGAUGCUACUUUUGGUGUCUAGUCCUAGAUCCUGUUGUCCGUUGAUUGAGUUUGUUAAUGAUCUGAAGAAGGGAGGCCUGUAUGUCUUGGGGCAUGUUAAAUUGGGUGACUAUGAGGACAAUGAUGAUCCCACCAUUGAUGAAUACAAAUACUGGUUGUCCCUCAUUGAUCAUCUCAAAGUGAAGGCCUUUGCUGAGGUAACGCUAGCCAAGACGGUACGCGAAGGAGUUCACCAUCUUAUCAGGAUCUCUGGGAUGGGUGCCAUGAAGCCAAAUACAAUUGUUAUGGGAUUCUAUGAUGAAGAGAAUCUCUAUGAUUUCUUCGAGUCGGAAAAUUCUUCAUAUCACACUAUGGCGUUCCGCAAUGAUCCCACUUCUGAGGAGGCGGAACAAAUUUUUCCAACGCGAAAACCGGGUUUACCGAAGAAGCUGUCAGCGAAGGAAUAUGUCUCCUUGGUGGAUGAUGUAUUGCGUAUGAGAAAGAAUAUCUGCCUAUGUAGGCAUUUUCAUCGUUUGGAUAAGGGAUUGAUAGCCAGGAGCAAUCACAUCAAAUACAUCGAUGUGUGGACCGUUAAUGUCUUUGAUCCGACCAAUGAGGAUCCUUUCGAUGUUGUCUCGCAGUUUAUGCUUCAGCUCUCUUGUAUCCUGAACAUGUUGCCUGUAUGGAAGAGGAUGCAUCUGCGUGUCUUCCUGUGUGAAACUCAACAACCGUCAACAAACAACGCGGAAAAUUUCACAAUGACGCCACAAAUGCCGCAGGAUCUUUCGGCGGAAUAUCGUCUGGGGCAGCAACUGAAACUAUUCCGGAUCACAGCAACUAUUCACCAAAUACCCGAAUGGUCGAGAAAUGACGAUUUCACCCGACAUAGCGCCAUCCUUAAACAGUUUACACGCAACAAAAACGAAGAUGCUGAUACAGGAAUCUCAGAGGAACAUCUCAAUCGAUCAAGGAUGUACAUGCAGAGGGUCAAUCAAUUGAUCAGGGAGAGAUCUGAUCAAACUGCUGUGGCUUUUAUCUAUCUAGCGGCUCCGCCAAAUUCAGCCCAGCAUGGUAAUGCCAAAUCCCUAGCCUACCUUGAUCUCCUAACUGAACUGACUGCAGAUCUUCCACCAACGAUUCUUGUGCACGGAAUUCAUGCUGUCAACUCAACAACCCUAUAAAGAAAAAGCGGCCAGACCCUAACCUCAAAAUGAACACGUUAGCUAAUUCCUGAUGAAUGUCAUACCGUUGUAUGUUCUAGUUCUUGCAACGUAGACAAUUGAUGAAGAAUUUAGACAAAAGAGAAGAAAAACGUGUUAUAUUUUUAUAGGUGUUUUACCCAUAAACUUGUAAUAACUCGAAAUUCAGAGAGUAUUUUUUGAGACAAAUAGAUUUAUGAGUUUUUUUUUUUCAGUGCACAAGAAAGACAACUGCAACAACUACAAUAAUUUUCUAAUAGUCCUCGCUGUAACAUUCUUCAAAACACAUGACUGUGAUUUGCACAUUUAGGCAUUAUAUAAAUGAUUUUUCCCGCAGUUUGUGUAUUAAUUUCUUUUUUCAAUAAUUUAUUUCACAAUUUCAAAAUUUCUUUCAUUUACAAUAAUACAUCAAGGAUUUACAUUAUAUUUUUACAAUUAUUUUAAAAUGACAUUAUUUACCAUUUAUUUUUGUUAGCAAUAAUUCUCCAAUAAACUAUCUUAGCAAAAUGCAAA